GGCCAGUGCGUUACAUUCUAUAUUCAAAUUUGCGCGGCAAUUCCAUUUGUUUUAUUUGACGUAAAUUGAAAAUUAUUUGUGAUUUUUUGUGUGAUUUCUUUUCUAUUUGGAUUUAAGGCUUUUCAAGAUGGUGUAUUGUAAGGUGUUCCUAGUGACUCUGCUAGCUGCAGUAGCCACCAGCGAGCCCCCAGUCUCCGGUUACAACUACCAGCAACCAGCCAGGCACAACAGCUACAAUUCUCCUACCAACAGUUAUUUGCCACCUACCACUGGAUUCACAGCACCUAGCAACAACUACCUGCCUCCGACCUUCGGUUCUGGUGCCCAGAACUAUGACCACGGGCAUGGACAUCACGGACACGAUCAUGGACAUGGUCAUGGCCACGAUAGUGAAGUUCCCAAAUCUUAUGAGUUCGGUUACUCAGUGAAGGAUGCGCAGUCAGGCAAUGACUACGAUCGUAAAGAGAGCUCCGAUGGUAACGUGGUGCGUGGGGAGUAUCGAGUACAUCUGCCUGAUGGAAGGACGCAGAUUGUGACAUACCACGCUGACUGGCAGACAGGUUUCCACGCUGAUGUGAGGUACGAGGGUCAAGCCAAGUACCCUGAGCCUACUUAUAACAACAAGCAAGGAGGAUACAACUACAAUGCGCCAGCGCCAAGCGAUUUCAGCGGUUCGUUAACCGGUUUCCAUGGCAACCAGGGUUACAAACCGACAACCGCUUACGGACCACCCGGUUACCAUUGACUUAACUAUAACCGUUAACCAACUGCAGCUGUAGCUAAUUGCCAUUUAGCGCUUGUCUACUUGUACAACAGAAAACCAAAUUAUAUGGAAUUGACGUAAAUUUUGACAAA